UUUGCUUCCACUGAAGACAGAAUUGGCCUCGACAUGCCCAGGUUCAGGUGGCCGACAAGUACCGCAAGGUGUCCCAAAACCCGGAACUGACCCUAACCAGUUCCCCAGGGUGCUGUGCAAUUGUGCCAGCCCACAGCAGGCGGGGCCGGAAGUCUCGGGCGGCUGCGGCCUGCGCCUGCGCGCCGCCAUCUUGUUCGGAAGAGACCGCCUCCCUGCCCACCCAGGACUCGAAAGCCAGGAGGCGGGGCUGUGCGUCGCGGCGGGCCGUGGCCGGGCCAUGGCGAGCGCGGAACCCAGCACGCCCGGGAUGCGGGCUUCUACCCCGGGACCCCGGCCCGGCGGGACCCCGGACUGCGCACCGGGCGCCACGAGGCUGCCCUUUGGGCGAAGCGGCAGCGGAGUCCCCCGACUCGGGGAGCGGCCCCGGGCGGUUGUGGAGAAGAGGGGACCGUACAUGGUGACGCGCGCGCCUUCCAUUCAGGCCAAGCUGCAGAAGCACCGGGACCUGGCCAAGGCCGUUCUGCGGAGAAAAGGCAUGCUGGGGGCCUCGCCGAACCGCCCCGAUUCUUCAGGGAAAAGGUCAGUGAAGUUUAACAAGGGCUACACUGCCCUUAGUCAGAGUCCAGAUGAAAACCUGGUGUCCCUCGACUCUGACAGUGAUGGGGAGCUGGAAUCCAGAUACUCCUCCGGGUAUUCCUCUGCAGAGGUGAACCAGGAAGUGAGCCGGCAGCUGCUCCAGGAUGGGUAUCACCUGGAUGAGAUUCCAGAUGAUGAGGACUUGGAUCUCAUCCCUCCCAAGCCUAUGGCCUCUUCAACAUGUUCCUGCUGCUGGUGCUGUCUUGGGGACUCUUCCUCCUGUACCCUCCAAUAGACAUAAGCCCCCAAGAUGGGCCCUGCUCACCAUGCCUGCAGAGCCCUUUUGGCCCUUCUUAGGUCACAGAGUGCAGUGGGGACUGCUGUCAGCCUCAGAAUCACUGGAGGCACUGACCCUCUGGGAAGGUCAAUGACCUAUAGUUACCCCUUACCUGGUGCUUCUCAGGCCAGAGGCCCCCAUCUGGGCCAUAGGGUGAUAGGUGGAAUUCUGCAGUUUUCCUCUGCUAUUGGAGCAGAGUUUGGAGAAACCACCUUUAUAAGGGCAGGAACAGAUGAAUUCUGGUUCUUGUGGUCAGUGACAAAAGCUGGUUAAGGAAAAAUUGCAAACAUCUUGACAGGUAUUUGUCAUGCUCUUUGGAGGGAGAAAGCUUUUGUGCCCAGCCUAUGCUGGAUGGUGUAUGGAAGCAGAAAAUAGCACUUUAUGGCUUUCAGUUUGGGAGUCUGAAAAAGAAUAACUAUAUGGGACCAGUUUAAGAAAUUGCAUAUGCUCUCUUCCUGGCUCCAUGAUGGGUUACGUGCUUGACACUCAAGAAAGCAUAAAGCAGGGCCCUUUGGCUCUCUUCCCUUGUGCCUGUUUGGCUAUGGCAGGGAGUACAGCAGGUUGCUUGAUGGCACAGCAGGAUCAAGACUUUCAGAAUUCCUGGAUCCAGAGCAUCUCCCAACUGGCUCAAACUGUCUGGGUAGGUUUAGUGACUGUGGUCAGCCCACCCUAGUUAGAGAAAAAUUGCUCCAUUAUGUACAUAUUUAAUUAUUUGUCUUUCCUUGGUGGCCAUUCUUUGCCUUGUUGUUAGUUAGUUCAAUACACUUUUUUGAGUGUAAAGGUCAGGUAAAGGGCCUGGAGCUUGCCCCAGAAGCCUGCAGGUUUGGGUUACCAGCAGAGGGAGCUGCAGGGAGCAGUCAGGUGCCUUCCUAUUGAGGUUUUUAAACUUGAGAAUAGCAAUGGGUGAGUAGUAUAGUCGUACAGUUGUGUGGGCUGUGAUGUAGUCAGAGGCUCACAGGAUGGAGAGGAGGGACCCAUGGCAGCUUCCGAGAGCCUGCCUGAGGAGAUAAUAUGCCAUUGCAGAGGGUUUCCCUUCAUCCAGCAUGGGCCUCACGGCAGAUACAGAGGAUUGGGCUUCACGGUAAACCUCUGGUGCCACACAACCCUCAGAGUAACACAGCUGGGACAGGCCUAAUCUCCCCAGUGAACACGCUGGCCCCCUGCCCCCAGUAUCUCCUGCAUCUCAUCAUCUCUUGCCAUCCCAGUCCUCUCUAGAAUUUAGUUUUCAAUGCUUUUUCUUUUUCCUUUUCUUUUUUUUGGCCUCACCUAGAGCCCCGGUGAGGAUUGAACGAGAGUGGACACAGUUCCCAGCCCAAGGGACAUGAUGGUCAGGAUUGGGGUGUGGGCCCACAUGGGAAAGUACCUGGUCUGUUACUUCAUUUGAUGUCUUGUGGCCUCUAGAGGUAGGAGGAAUGACAUGGACUCUUGCUCUACCACAUGAGGUGAUUGGACGGCUGAGAAGGCCCUUAUUUGUUAGGUGUAAUCUAGUAGCAUCACAGCAGGAGGGAGAUGGGACAGAUGCCAGAGGCACCUCGAGUUAGGGUCUGGAGGAUAGGGGACACAGAUGCUCCCAAACGGGACAGGGCAAUGUCACACAGGUGCCUCACAUUCUGAUAGCUUUGUGCAAAUGCCCACAGGCAUUUGAAGAUGUGAGAACAUCCUCAUCCUGAACCCUUUGCCCAUCCACCAAAGACUAUUCAGGCCUUUCUGGUUUCUGCAGAGACAUGAAGAGAGGCCCCGAUGUAGGGCAGUGUAAAGAAACUGGUGGUGGCAGGAAACCCAGUGGGGGCCAGAAAGUGCUGUGGAAGCCCAGGGGGGCCACAUUUCUGUGGGGGAAUUGGUUAGGAGAGGGUAGCUGAGCAUUUGGCAACAGCUGUGGUGAAGGCAGCAGGGCCCUAAGAUGGACCUCCAGCUGGUAGUUACCGUAAAUCAACACUGAUGUAUUUGCCUGCAUCUGUUCCUGGAGAGGAUGUUCCGGAGCUGAUUACUCCGUGUAGAAGGCAUUACCUUUUAAGUUUUGGGAAUGGGGUAGCAAGGCAGGGUAGAAACAGUCUACUGUUUGGGGCCAGAGGUCCCAGGUCAAAAUGUCACCAAUAAAGGCACCAAGGUGCCUAGAGCCAAACUGCCUUAAUUCAGAGUGCUGGAUAUUCUGCAGGUGACAGUGCCCUGGGGAGAGAGGGGUGUAUUUGCACUUACCUCACAGAGGGGAGUAUGUGUAUGGUGUUUACAGAGUACUCUACAGAACUUUUGGCUUAGGCUUCUACAGCUCUGGGGGUUUCUAAGAAUAAACACAGUCAUGCUAGUA